GGCUGGAGCAUGCAGCCGGCAGGUCCCUUGUGCAGCCCAGCUGCCUUGGCUAAGGCCCAGCCAGGCCCAAGCACUCAGGACAGAGGCUGGAGAGGCUCCUUCCUACAGCCCUGCUCUUGGACACGGUGCCCUCCAGCUCUAGUAGGCCAGGAGUUGAUGGGGCAACUGGCCCUGUUCCCUGGCCCUGGCUCCCCCUGCUCCCUGGGGCUGCCCGAGGUGAAGGUGACAGGUGGGGGAGGCAGGUGGAGAAUUGGGCCAGUGAGCUCAUGGCAAAGGCGCCCAGCUGGGCAGGGGUGGGUGCUCUGGCCUAUAAAGCCCCCGAGGCCCUGUGGCCUGCAGAAGCAGUUGUGGACGGCACCAUGGAGGACUCCGAGGCGGUGCAGAAGGCCACGGCGCUCAUCGAGCAGCGGCUGGCACAGGAGGAGGAGAAUGAGAAACUCCGGGGAGACGCACGCCAGAAGCUGCCCAUGGACUUGCUGGUACUGGAGGAUGAGAAGCACCACGGAUCUCAGAGUGCAGCCCUGCAGAAGGUGAAGGGCCAAGAGCGCGUGCGCAAGACGUCCUUGGACCUGCGGCGGGAGAUCAUUGACGUGGGCGGGAUCCAGAACCUCAUUGAGCUGCGGAAGAAACGCAAGCAGAAGAAGCGGGACGCCCUGGCCGCCUCGCAGGAGCCGCCCCCGGAGCCCGAGGAGAUCACUGGCCCUGUGGAUGAGGAGACCUUCCUGAAAGCCGCGGUGGAGGGGAAAAUGAAGGUCAUUGAGAAGUUCCUGGCUGACGGGGGAUCAGCUGACACGUGCGACCAGUUCCGUCGGACAGCACUGCACCGAUCCUCCCUGGAAGGCCACGUGGAAAUCCUGGAGAAGCUUCUAACUAGUGGAGCCACUGUGGACUUCCAGGAUCGGCUGGACUGCACAGCCAUGCAUUGGGCCUGCCGCGGGGGCCACUUAGAGGUGGUGAAACUUCUGCAAAGCCGAGGAGCAGACACCAAUGUGAGGGAUAAGCUGCUGAGCACCCCGCUGCACGUGGCAGUUCGGACAGGGCACGUGGAGAUUGUGGAGCACUUUCUAUCCCUGGGCCUGGACAUCAAUGCCAGAGACAGAGAAGGGGAUACUGCCCUGCAUGACGCCGUGAGGCUCAACCGCUACAAAAUCAUCAAACUGCUGCUCCUGCAUGGGGCUGACAUGAUGACCAAGAACCUGGCAGGAAAGACCCCCACGGAUCUGGUGCAGCUGUGGCAGACUGAUACCCGGCACGCCCUGGAGCAUCCUGAGCCGGGGGCUGAGCAUAACGGACUGGAGGGGCCUGAUGAGAGUGGGCGGGAGACCCCUCAGCCCGUGCCAGCCCAGUGAAUUUGUGCCCCAGCACAGCCAGCUACCCAGCCCCUCUCUGUGUGCAGCCAGAGGGUCCUAAGAAUGACUCUCAGAGCUGAGGGCCCAGCCUUUUUUCGGCGUGAUACAGGAGCACCCACAAACUACCACAAUAAAAAAGCUGUUUUUGCUAA